AUGUUGGCACUACUCAGACCUAGAAUUUUUGGUGGGGAUUUCAAAAGAACCAUCCUGACAAAACCAGACAUUGCCAGCGCAUUGCUUAGAUCUCCCUCUCUUCAGUGUUUACAUAUACAGGUUGGAGACAAGGCUGAGCUUACUAAAGCCUUCACACAGCAGGAUGUUGUUAGUUUUGCUGCCUUAACUGGGGACACAAACCCACUGCAUUUGAAUGAAGACUAUGCAAAGAGAACUAGGUUUGGGAGAACAAUUGUACAUGGAGUUUUGAUCAAUGGACUUAUUUCUGCAGUUAUAGGUACUAAAAUGCCUGGCUAUGGUUGUGUGUUUCUUUCUCAGGAAAUUCACUUCCCAGCUCCCUUGUACAUUGGAGAAGAAGUCUUAGCUGCAGCAGAAGUGAUGAGACUGAAAAGAUCUGUUGCAUACAUUUCAGUAUCAUGUACUGUUAGGGAAAGUGAAAAGACUGUCAUGGAAGGGAUAGUGAAAGUCAUGGUGUCAGAAGGUCAGCGCUCCUGACUGCAUGGCGCUUAAUUCUUUAGUAAAAUUCAGAAGUAUGUGGUGGGGGCCUCACAUGUAUGGUACCUCAAACCUUGGUAGGAGGAACCCUCCAGAAACAGUAACAGCUUGCUGUUCAUUUUGAGAGCUACUGUGCCUUGUAGGUGAGAGAUGUAAAACGUCACUUUUGAUUGCCUGUAAGGACACACGAAGAUCAGUAUGAUCUAUACUUACCUUAUAUCUAUUACCAUUGUGUGCCACCAAGCCUAUUCUGUUUCCUAGCUCAACUGUCUUUCACCAAAAUAAACACCAUUCUUUACUGGAA